CGUGCCGAGGGCAGCAGCUGCUCCAGGAGCCGGGCGCGGAGGCCGCUGCGGGGCGGCCCGGCGGGGCCCAGCCGGAGCGAGCUGCUGCCCCGUGAUGUGCGAGACAGGGCUGAUCGCAUCAGAGCCCUCUAGCCCCAUGCAGUACUAUGGCGAAUCAUCUGACACCUACUACCACGUUGACCGCUGGCAGAGGCUCCGCACGGCUGUCAGGAAACUGGAGUUCUGGGAAAACUUCAACGCUGAGCUGAUAGGUAGUGGCUUCUUCUCCAAAGUCUACAAGGUGACCCAGGCUGCCACUUGCAAAGUGAUGGUGGUGAAGAUCUACAAGAAUGACGUGGACCAGGAGGUGAUUGUGCGUGAGAUCAGCCUGCUGCAGAAGCUGUCCCACCCCAAUAUCGUCAGGUACCUCGGGAUAUGUGUGAAGGACGACAAGCUGUACCCCAUUCUGGAGUAUGUGAAUGGGGGAUGCCUGGAGGAGCUCCUGGCCAGCAAAGACGUCACUUUGACCUGGAAGGAGAAAGUGGACUUAGCUUCUGACAUCACCAGAGGCAUGAUCUACCUGCACUCCAAGAACAUCUACCACCGGGAUCUCAACUCCAAGAACUGCCUCAUUCGAGUGACCCCACGGGGCCGUGAAGCCUUGGUGACUGACUUCGGGCUGGCCAGGGAGGUGGUGGAGCUGCCCAUGAAGGAUAUGGAGAGGAAGUUGUCUCUGGUGGGCUCUGCUUUCUGGAUGGCUCCUGAAAUGCUGCGAGGAGAGCCCUAUGACCGGAAGGUGGACGUGUUCUCCUUCGGCAUUGUCCUUUGUGAAAUCCUGGGCAGGAUACCAGCUGACCCUGAAGUGCUUCCUAGGACUCAGGAUUAUGGCUUGGAUGUCGUUGCCUUCCAAGGGAUGAUCAGUGAAUGCCCCAAGCAGGUGAUGGACCUUGCUGCUUGCUGCUGUCGGGUGGAAGCGUUUAAGAGGCCAUCCUUCUCCGAAAUCUUGGAUGAGUUGGAAGACGUCGCAGAGAGUCUGGAGCCUAGGAAGGACAAUCAGCUUUCGGGCUGACCUGCCAGGCUCCUGUGAGGCCUGAUGGAGUAUCGCACAAACUGUAAAUUAAGUGUCUGAGGGGUCAGGAGUGAAGAAGGAAGGUGGGGAAGGGAAGAGCUAAGUGAUGCACUGGUAUUUAUUUAAUCAUAGUCUGUUUCUAAUUUCUUGGAUGGAAAACAUGGUCAAAAAUGGAGAAGGGACUUACCAAGAGUAUAUUUUUCCUAGCUAAGGUUUUUAACAGAUGUAAUUUGGACACUGAACAGCUUUGCUUGUAAAAAAAAACAAAAAAAAAAACAGAUGAUCCUGGAGGGCAGGCCAGGGACCUGAAUUGCCUUCAGGAUGCUCUCCAAAUCCCCAAAGAAAAUGUAGUUCUCUUCUGCUUCCGCUCCCCACCUGGUCCCAGGGCCUUCCCCUUCUCUUGCUCCUCCAGCCUUGGGGAAGAGCCUCUCUGGAGGCUGGGGGUCACUGCAGUGUGAAGGAGAGGGGCUUUGGGGUGCUCAGUGAGCACCCCAGGGUUGCCUUACAGUUCAAAGCCUUAAAACACCUGUCCAGUAGCCUUGCAGGGACAGAUUUGUUCUGUAAUGUUUCUAGUCACGUGCCCUUCUGGAUGGGGGCUGCUGGAACUGUGUGCAGAGCAUGGCUGGGUGCUGAGGUGCCUCCUGGGUAUGGAGGUCCUGCCAGGCUGUUCAUGGGACACCAACCUGGGACAGGUUGAGGGGUGGGGAGGGUGUGCCUUAUCAAGAUACAAACUAACAAACUAAUAUCUCUUCUCAGAAAAGCUUUGUCAGACAUGUCUGUCAUGUGAGAGCCAUGUCCCAACACAAUGGCAGUCUGGAUUUCUUCCCGAUGUCCUCAUCUAGGAUUCAAAGAUGGAGGGGUCUGCCUCCUCCCUCCUCAUCCCGCUGCAAAUGCACGGUGACAAGUACAGCAAUGACAGCUUGCAAGGCCAAAACAGGGGAGAUCUGGGUCCAGUGUCAGCUAUCCGUGCCUGCAAAUAGGCAGGAUGACACCAAACAUCUCACCAAGUUUUCUGCCUGGCUCAGCACCCUGUGGCCUCCCUGGUGACACCCAUGUGGGCCUUAGGGCUCACACAGUCAGAAAAGGACUUUCUUUUGUUACCAUGUUUUCUUCUGCGGGCUGGAGGAGGAUGCCAGGGCUGCAGAUCUAAUCCAGAAGUGGCAAAAAUUGUGGCUAGAAUUGCUCUUGCGUUGCAAAUUAAGAGAAAGAAGUGAGCGAUCAAGUCCCAGCCUCCAGAUCAGCUGCCUGCUGGGCCAUGGCUCUGAAAAACUGAUGUUCUACUAGGACCAAUUUUUUUGUGGGUGUAAGUAGGUGUAAUGUCUGUACGGUGGUGGAGCUGUGGCUCUGUUCUUAUAGACUGUAAGCUCUUGGAGCAAGGAUCUUUCAUCCAUCCAAAAAGUGCUUGUACACUUUUUAGCCCAGUGGAGCCUUCAACUGAGGGUUUUGCUCCUGUAUGGUGGUAGACCUAAAUGGAGGCCUCUUCUCAUGCUCUUGAAGCCAGAUGUGGUGUCCUAUGGAGCCCAGUGUCUCUGUGCCAUGGUGCCUAUGUAAGGGACUGUUGGCAGUGUACUGGGACAGAGGCAUUGUAGAAGCACGUGGUGCAUCUUUGCCAGGGACCAGGAGGAACUGGGAGCCGGCAUGAAAUGCACUGGGUGCUGCGAGGGUCACCAGCUCAGCCACAUGUCUAGACACCAUCUGUUGAUCCUCAUUCUCCAGAGCUGUCACCAAGCUUUUGUGGUGUGCUGAUGUUUGUGCACAAGAAGCCUCCUGCUCAAGAAUAAAACUACUCCUGUACUGCUAGCUGGGAAGAACAAAGCCUCAAGGAGCAGGAGAGUGAACAUAAGGAAAUUUUUCAGUCUGGAGAAGGGAGAGUGGCCACUUUUUGACUUGUGCCAGUUUGGGGGCUUCAGACCAGUGGAGUGAAAUGGAGUACAACAGCAGUGAAAACAGCAUUGAUACACAUGUGUAUCUUCAGUCAGAACCAGCCAUGACUUGUGUCACAGUAGAGUUUUGGAAGGAAAUCACAGGGUGCAUAUUUGGCUACCAGAAGUUGAACUGGCAGAACUAACUGCAACCUCCCAAGACUCCCCAGGCUCCUUUGUGCUGAGUGGGAGGAAACUUUUCUUCCCUAGUGGUAUAGGCUCAAGAAUGAGGAACCCAAUGUUAUGUCCGAACACCUGAAGCAUUAAGGAUAGGAAACUUUUCCCAAAGGCCGUUGCAGACAGAGGAUUGCUGUCCACCUUGUAUCAGGCCCUGGCUAGGUGAAAUGCCUUCACGUAGCCUUUCUCUAGCUUUCUCCAUGCUGCCUAGUCUCCUUGGCUGGAGUCUACUCUUCCUCUGCUCCUCCUGCACAAGAAUGGGAUAAAGGAAGACAGACAAAAUACUGCUUCCUCAUAUGGCCUGUUGUGGGGUGAAAGUGUCUUGUCCUGGGUGGCUCUUCCGCAGGGCUCCUUCACUGCCAGCUGCCCCCUCUCCAGGACCACAAAAACUUGGUGCUGGUGUUUGAGAUAUGUGCCCUACCGCAGGUCAGGCUGAUCCUUCCUCCAGCAGUGCCUCUGAGCCUGGGCCUGCGAAGUAACAACUGCGGGGCUGAGACACGGUAGAAAUGGCAUGUGGUGUUGUGGAUAGUCCAGCGAGGCUUUAGUAUGAAGGAGUUUCUUUCAGUUUUAUUUGUCUGCCCAGGUGUAAGAAGCUCCCAGAUUAAACAGGUCUGUGGGGAUAUUAUUCUUUGCACAGUGCACAGGGGAAUUUGACAACAUGCUCUGAGCUGUGAUGGGAUAGCCAGUCCUGCUGAGCUAGCCAGACAGAGACUGAUGCCAGUCAAGGCCAAAAAUGAUGCUUUCACUGGAAUUAGUAGUUAUAUCAGUACUUGUGACUAAAGAGGACAUGGGCCUGGGUGCUGUCUUGCCAUGGCUCAUAAGAUUAAUGUGUUGGUGCCUCCCUGGUAUGGAGUGGACCCCAACCACCAGCAUUGCCCUCAACUUUCUUGGUCAUGGUUUGAGAGCUAGCAUGAGCUGGGAACUAUUCCCAGUGACUUUACCCAGUGGGAUGUGCAGACUGUCCUGAAGAGAGAGAGGCUGGUGGUCUGGACACAGCAAGCCUGGACCAUGCAGCCCCAGGGCCAGACAACAGGCCUUUUUCAGUCUCCCAGUAUAGGUGUGGCUGGUGGAACAAGGUCUACGUGACACCUGUUGCUCCCAGUGUCCAUGGAAGCAUCCGCAAAGGCUGGACUCAGAGCUGUGUUUCUUUGGGCUUCCCCUGUGUCCCAUCUGCUCCCAUGGUAAGAACACAUGCCAGAUCUCACGUGACAGGAAGACUCCAGGUCCUUCCAAGAAGGACCUUUGGUAUCCACUGCAAGGGCACUUAGGACUGAUGGACAGGGACUGAGACUGUCUGCAAGCACUAUGUGGACUAGCAGAGCCGAUGCUGGGAGCUCGCAGAAAACAGAGGUGGUUUGGGAGUUUGGCUGGUGCAUCUAGUGGAGCAAGGAUUUCUACUCCACCAUUCAGAGCUGGUGGAAGAGAUGAGCACCGGCAACCAGCUGAGAUCCCUUUUAGCUGUUUGCCUCCCUGCUGGGACUGCUGUCUAUAGGAAGCAGGGCCAAGUUUCCCCACACCAGUGUGGCACAAAGUCCAGGUCAGUAGUUGAAUUUCAUAUCUUGGAGUCCUCGCUCUGAACUGAAGCAACGACAAUAGUGGAUGGAGAGUCUGGGUGACACAGCAGGCUCAACUUCACCAGAUACGAACAGGAGCUUCCUCCUCUCCCACUCUCUCCCCUGUUGACUAUUCCACUCUGCAGAUGCUGACGGCAUGGACCAGGCCAUGCUGUGCCCCAUGGGCCCAUGCAUUUCCAUGUCCUGCAAUAUAUCUUUGUUAGUUUUUUAAAAUAUCAUUUGGAAAUAAAGUUUAGUGGUUCUUUCCCACAUCA